GCAGUAAUUGGACAUAAGGCGAGUUGACACUGGUGACUGGACAUAAACUGUAUAGGUCGGCGCUAGUUGGCAGCUCGACGCCGGAUUUUGGGGUGGAUCGCAACGGCUCGAUGGGCGGUGUCAACGCUGAGACGGUUGGGCGGAACAGCAAACCAUCAAUGACCUAUUCCUUACCCUGUACGAAAUGGGCUUUGAGGAGAGGCAGGUGCAGGCUGCUCUCCAGGCUGGGAUCCUCAAUGUUCAGGAUGCUGCUGAGUGGUUGCUGCAAGGAGGGGAGCGCGCCACACGACAACAGGAGUCAGUGGCCUUAACAGCUGGGGCAGUAUCGGCAUUUAAUCCACCUCUCAUCCAGAGAGGCACCGCAUCCAGCAGUGUAAAACCCCAGCAAGCAUUGUCCCUCUCCAGGAGAAACCAUAAUUUGAAGGAGUUCGAGGAGCAGCAGAGGGAGCGUGAUGCUCGACAAAUCAAAGCUGAGAGGCGAAAGAAGCAGAAGGAUCAUGAAUUGGCAUUGAAGAGAAUAGCCGAUGAUCGUGAAAAUCUGAAAGCAAAAUUGCUGCCAACCUGCCAGCCUGAUCCACCUCCGCAGAGCCAGAGGUUAGGGGACAAACUUCAAACAGCAGCGGGCAAACAUUGCCUCCUUGUGAUCAGGCUUCCAUCAGGAGACUCGCUGCGGGAGAGAUUCCGGGAGGAAGACACAUUGCAGAGCGUGAAGGAGUAUAUUACACAGCAGUGCCCUGAGCUGUUGUCCAUCUCCCUCCUCCAGGGCUUUCCCAAGAGACAUUUUACAGACUCUGAGCUUAUCAGCACAUUGGCAGACCUGGGGCUGAGUCCCACUGCCACGCUGUGUGUACGGAAUGAGCAGUGCGUAUCUACUGCCUCCCCAGGACUGCCGCUGGGUGCCCACACGCUGAGGAUGCCUAGUGGGGACAUUGUCGUGCCAGAGCAGCAGGCUGGAGCGUCUGCGUCCCAGCUGCGCUUGCAAUCGCAGCCCUCCACUCCCCGUACUUGGGGGCGAGGAGAGCUUCUGGGUUACCGGAUGAUCGACAGCCUGCCAUCCUCCAACAUGGACAAACCUCCAUCUGUCCCAGGACACAGGAUCCAGCCAGAUGUGAGAGAGGGUGGGAUGCGAGAACUAAUGGAAUCUCCAUCAAGAUCAAGAUCAGCACACAGCUGGGGGCGGGGACAAAGGCUGGCUGCAGCUGGUAACAGCAGCCACCCUAAUGAAGAGAGGCCCAUUGGAGAUGUCACAGAAGGGGAGGCAGAGAAUCUUAUCCCACAGCAUCUGCUGAUCCCUCCUGCCUUUGACCCAGAACUGAUCUUUCGCCAAAAUGGAAAUCGUAUCAGAAGCGGCUUUGAGCCUCGGUAUCAGUGGCCUCUUCAGGGUAACCGUCUUAGGGAGGGUAGAGAGGAGCCGGCAGUUCAGAAGGGUCAGGAGCAGCGGGAUCUGCCCAGUGUCUUGGCUCAGGCAGCUUUGGAUCGCCUGAACAAAGCAGCAGAGAGGCAGUCUCACCACUCGCCACUGUCCUCACAGAAGAAGCUGUGCCGAGCCACACCAGUGCCUUCUCUCUUCAGUCUGGCAAUUGGUAGUGCCGUGGUGCUAAUGGCAGCGCCCAGUAUGCAGUACAGUCGAAGCUUGGCCUGUCUCACCCCAGAGCUGGCGGAACAUCUCCUCCACUACAUGAUCAAUGAGCGUCUCCUUCGGCCCAAGUCCUUUGAGAUUUUCUUCGGCUGUCAGAUUCAGAAGCUGGUGCUGGAUUGUUACCCAUACACCACCAAUGAGCUCCUGAGGAAACUGCGAGCAUUCCACUCCCUCAAGCACCUCAGCCUCUCAUCCUGCUCCCUAAUCACAGAUUCUGGUUUGGAGGUUUUCACUUCUUUGCAGAGGCUGCAGUAUCUGAACCUGGCAGCGUGUGUGAAACUUACCGACAACUGUCUGUGCAGCAUUAAAGGUCUCAGGUGCCUUUCCCACCUGGUCCUGGAUCAAACCAAAGUAAGCGACUCAGGAGUGAUGGAUUACCUGGGCGAUGCUCCUGCGUCACUCGUCCACCUCAGUCUGAAUCAAACGGGUGUCAGUGAUCGGGUAUUGAUUGUGCUCCCUUCUGCAGUUCCACAACUUCGCUACCUCAGCAUCAAGCACACUAAGGUCUGUGAUGUUUCAGCCUUGAAGGAUCUCCCAUCUCUUCAAACCCUGCAUCUGGACAACACAAGCAUCAGUGAGAGUUCCCUCCAGGCACUGGGUUCCCAUUCCACCCUCUCUUCACUCAGUGUGUCUGGCCUGCAGUCUCUCAGUGGCGAUGUCACCCUACAGAUGAUCUCGGGUCUGAAGUUGAUUCACCUGAAGCUGCCAGACAGACACUCAGUUAGUGAUCGUGGUCUCCGCUUCCUGUCUCACUUGGAUCAACUGUUGGAGCUGGAUCUCACUGAUUACACUCACGUCACAGAUGAAGGUGUCAGCCAUCUUGGCCGGCUGCUGAGGCUGACCAAGCUGUCACUGAGCAACACCCUGCUGACGGAUGCUGGGCUGGUUCACCUGCAGCCCCUGAUGUACCUGGAAGAGCUGUGCCUCGACCGCACCAGCGUGGGUAGUAGGGCAGUGGCCCACUGCGUCAGGAACCUGCCCCACUUACAGGCGUUGAGCUUGGCAUCGACCCGUAUUGGGGACACGGUGGUGACGCAGGGGCUGAGGCACUGUCUGCAACUGCUGAAGGUGAACCUGAGCCAGACUCGCAUCACAGACCGAGGCCUGAAGAACCUAAGGCAGACUAAGGUGGUCCAGGUGAACCUCGACAGAACAGGUGUGACGCUGUCUGGUAUCAGUGCACUGUUGGCAGACUGCCCCAGAAUCACCAGCAUCCGUGCCAACAACCUGCAUGCCCUCCCUCUGGACCAGGCCUCAGAUGAGGAAAUGGUGGCUGAAGACUGAAAAGCAUCCUGUGGUGAAAGGAUGGUGUGUGAGUGUCCAGCUUGGGGAGUGAGUGACAGCAUUGCAAAGGGAGCUCCACACUUAUUAACUUGUGCUGUCCCUGCCUUGGGAGUGAGAGUGGAUUGUGUUGCAUCUAUCAUGUUCUGGUUUAUUAUUUUUGGAAAAUGCACAGGGAACUUUAUAACCCAUGCUGUUCCUGCCCUGGAAUGUGUAGCAGGACAGUAUUGAAGGAACAUUCACUCUGUCUGACCCUGGGAGUGUGUGAUGGGAUGGUUUAGAGGGAGCUUCACUCUGUGUCUGACCCUGGCAAUGUAUUAUAGGACAGUACAAAGGGAAUUUUACUUUGUGUCCAGUUCGUGUUGUCCCCCUCUUUUCCCCUGUUGUCCUGUUUGCUGGAUUUGGAUCACGGGGAGGGCUUUGGAAGAAUAUUCCCUGCAACAUCCCUACAAUGACCAGCCCCCUGAAAUCCACAAUACCAGCAAACACCACACUCUGAGGGUUGGGUGUGUUGAAAUUUUGAACAUGUCAGCUUGUACAGGGACCGUAACUGCCAGGUUCAGCCCGACAACCUACUGCAAUCAUUGGUAUCUGAUCCAUGGGAAGUGAGACUUGUCUGGAACACCUGGGAACUGAACCCAAUGGGUGGGGUUAAUUUAUGGUAUCCAUUUCUUGCCCACCGCCCUCACCCUCUCCCAGUGGCCUUGCAGGUGUGAAUGGAUUAUGUAAACUGAUAUUUCACAAGUAAAUCACUCUUUCUCCUGGCACUUCUGUGUGGCU